CGGAAAAGUCUGAGGAGGAAAUAAGGAGAAGGAUGGGGUUUGAUCUGGAGAGGUUUGUGGGUUAUGUGAAUGAAGGACUUCUGUGUUGUGUUUGUCGAGACGUGUUGGAGCGCCCUCUUCAGGCUCCUUGUGAACACGCCUUCUGCAGCGCGUGCAUCAGCAGCUGGUUGGUGCAUCACAGCUCUUGCCCCGAAGACAGACUGCCCCUGGAUUCAGGCAGCCUCAAACCGCUCUACAGGUACAUGCGUAAUGACCUAAAUCGUCUGCAGAUCCGCUGUGUGAACGCGGGGCAGGGCUGUGAAGUGGUCUGCUCCCUGGAGAACUUGCACGCUCACCAGGACGAGUGCGAGUUUGCCUUUAUAUCCUGCUCCAACACAGGAUGUCCUGUGCAGGUGGAGAGGCGGGGCUUGGAGGCUCAUUUGUCCGAGUGCAGUUUUCGCAGCAGAUCUUGUCCAAAUGGCUGCGGUCACACGCUGCAGUACAUAGACCAGGCCCAGCACAACUGUGUCGCAGAGUUACGCACUGAAGUGGAAAUGCUCAGAGCAGAGAUGUUGUGCAAAGUGGAGGAGGUGAGACGUGAAAUGGAGUCUCGUUUGGAUUCUCAGAGGAGGCACAUGGUUCAGAAAGAGUCACAGCUCAAGAGUGAAGUGGAGGAGCUCAAGGGCCAGUUGUCCCGUGUGAUGUGUGAUGUUCGUGCUCUGUUGGGAGCAGAGCGUCUGAGGAGACAGGAGCUGGCAGAGGCAGAGCUCGAGAAGAGGGAACUCCUGGAACUACUCCGAGACCUGCCCCAAAGAGUCCACCAUUCCACUGAUGGAGCAGCCAAGGACCAGAGAGACCCCCGCCUGGAGCAUGCCCAGUCCUCUGAAUGGGCUCUGCUGACAGAGUCCCCUCGACACCAGCAGAGGGAGAGUCCGCUGCACUCAUCCAGUCUGUCUCUACACUCAACCCAGACUCUGAGCCCACCCGUUCUCCCUCCGUCACCACAGCUCUCAGCCCACAGGGGGAGCACUCGCAGCCUCACUCUGGACUGCAUCAAGAAGAAGAGCCGAGAGGUCACGGUCAUCUGA